ACCGCCACUUGUCAGUCAGUCAAGCUCCUCGGUUCUCUAGAACCUCCUCCUCCUCCUCCUCUCAAAGAGUACUGAACCAUAGGAUAAACGCAUCGUUUCUUCUUCCUGCUAAUUCGAACUUCCAACAAAUGGUUCCUGCAACAACAAGUUACUGGAGAGCAAUUAUAAGCAGGAUUCAGGGGAAGCUUAGUUGGGGUCGAGGGACUACUGCACCACAGAUGAGCACAUAUGCUUCCCCUGCUCACCGUGUGAGUCUCCUCCACAAGCUGGAGACCGGCCUGAAGCAUAUGAACGGGGAGUUCACGCCGGUGGCAGCGGCGUUUGGGAUGAUACUGCUGGCUGCGUCGUUGGGACUCUACACUGCGAGACACCAGCUGCUGUAUGCACCAAACGUGUCGGUGGACAAGAGGAGGAGGGAGACGAUACCGGAGGUGAAGGAACCGGAUGAUGUGGCGCAGACAUCCUACGCCUUCUUCUCCAACUCUUUCUUCAGGAGGCUGGCUCAUCUCCAGGGCCCCCGCAGAGGACAAGUUCUUCCCCACCCCAUCCGUGGAGACCCCUUCUCUUACCAGAGGCCAGUGGAGUGCUUGAAGACGGUUGGGGUGGAGCCUUUUGGUCUGUGAUCAGGUGAAGGUGGAAGAACCAUAUGGGCGCGGCAGCAUCGGCAAGGGACGUGAAAUGAAUGUUCAUAUUGAUGUUGAAACAUGUUAGAUGAUCAACUUUUAUAAGAUAUUUUUUCUUCUUCUUGUUGUAGAGAUUUCCCUUCUCUUUUUGUGUCAAGAGGACUUGGUUGUUUGUUGUAGUCAUGAGGCCUAUGUAUCUAUACUUACAUGUGAACUGAUCUUAAUAUAUACACAUGUGAAAGGAAACCUUUUAUUCGAGGAAGCUGGGUCACUGGCUGGAG